CUCUUUCAUAAUCUCCCUCACGCCUUCAAAUCACUCCAAACGUAUCUUCUUCGCCAAAAAUCCAUGCGUCUUCAUCACAGCUCUUCUCAAAUUCAUCUUCAAUUUCGUUUCUCAUCUUCCUCUUCUACACAAACCCUAGGGCAGAGUUUUGGGUUUUUCUUUUCUGAUAAUCUGGAGUGGAGCUAAAUCAAGAUGCCGUGGGUUUCCUUGUUUGUGGAUCACAAUAGAAAUUGUGUUAGCUUGGUGGUGUUUUUUCAUGUGAUUCUAUAAUUUAAUUGGCUCAGGUGAAUUCCCAUUAGGUUAUAAAGAAACUCCUUUAUUAGUGUUUUUCCCUUUCAUUACCAAAACCCUCGGGGGGAUUGAGAUGUGCUUUGAAAUAGCGAUAAAGAGACAUAAAGCUGUGGAGGAAGUUGGGCACAUUAAGAUGAGUGUUGGAGUCAUUGCGUACAAUCAAUUGAUGUUAGUUUGCCAGGCUGAGUAUUUCCGUCAGUUGCUUAAGCCUGUUACGUAGUCUAGCAUCGAGGGACAUUGGUUUAGGGAGGGUUUACCUUGAAUUGGACUCCAUCAUUAGAAGGCUGCAGAAAAGAUGAAGUUUUAAUUUGAAAAAGUUUCCAUUUCUCGUUAGAUGGAAAUUGGAAUCACCUUAGUACCUGCUGUUUAGUGUUUUCAUUCCUUUAGGAACUUCCAUCCAGCUUAAGUACAGAAUAAUAAUUACCAGUUGCAGAGGCCAAAGCAGCAUUGCUUGCUAGGAUCUUAGUGUGGGUGAACAGAUAUUAUAAUGCAGACUCAUGAAUAUGUUCUUGCGGGAAAGGUGGUACUUCCUUUGGCAGAUGAAGCUGUUGAUACUUGUAUGCAUGCUCCACUUGCUUCUGCCUUUGAUGAAGUUUUACCUCCAGGUGUGAGGCAGAUAAAGGCCGUUGAAAGAUUUAAAUUGCUGCCAUCUGAGGUUUGCCCUAAGAAUUUCAUUAUUUUUGAUCAAACAGAUCAACGAAGCAGGAUUAUGUUCCAUCCUGCAAUGACCUACAAAUUCAAUAAUCAUAACUUAAAUGCUCAUGCUACUUGUACUCAAAAUUUUGAAAAGAAUAAACUUAAUCAAAUGGAAAGAGCAUUGUCAUCUCAUUUUGAAGAGGAUUCUAAGGACAUUGAUGCAUUGUUGAGCUUAGAAGUGGAUGAACUAGAAGAUUUUGAUGAGGAAGAAGUUAGCACAGCAAGGACUCAUGAAAAUUAUGAAAGUACAUCUGAUACUUGUUCCAGUUAUUGCUCAAAAUCAAGGAAGAAGAGGUUGUCAUCGUCUUCCGGACAAAAGUCUUCAGGGACAAGGGGUUACUGCAAUAGUGAAAGGAAACACCAGGAGAUGAAGAGGAUGAUGAGGAUAUUGAGAAGUAUUGUGCCUGGUGGAGGUAACCAAAUGGAUGCUGUUACUGUUUUAGACGAAGCUGUUAAAUACCUGAAGUCUCUCAAGGUGGAAGUGGAGCAAUUUGGAGUUGGACCAUGACAAUUUAAGUUGGACAUACAAAUGCUGUGGCUACAAGUUUAACUCCAUUUCCCUCAACUCCAUUUGUUACCCUCUUUGAAUUAUGAACCUUUCCAGCCUCGCUAGCCUACCUAGUUCCCUUUUAUGGGAACAGGCAUUGCAAUGUAAUAAGCUGCCACUGACAUUUUACUUAUUCAGGUCAUGUAAGAAAAUGCCAUCGCAAUUCUACUUUCGGUUUGUGUUUGGCAGUGUUGCUGCUUUAUUCGUUCUCUGUAUGAAUGCUUCCUAAAACUCGUAAUUUUUAUUAUGCAUGUCAUGGGCUAUUUGAUCAUUUUACCCCUCGUUAAUUAAUUAAUAAUCAUUUUGCUCCUGAUUCGAAACUAUCUACUAAUCUGCCUCUCUUUAAUCGACUACCUUGCAU